AUGAACGCUUUGCUGUCCAUUAUAGCAUCUCUGGGAAACACAUUAAUCUUAUUUGCUCUUCAAAAAGAAUCGGCGCUUCAUCCGCCCUCGAAGCUUCUGUUUCGAUGUUUGGCCUUAACUGAUCUGCUUAAUGGUUGUACUUCACAGCCUCUGUAUAUCCUAUAUUUGGUGUCACUUUUGACUAAACAUCAAGAUUGGCGAGGAGAUCUUUGCCUUUACUCAGCAACCUUUAAUAAUAUCACCACAAACACUUUGUGCUUAGUGUCGUUAUUAACUUCAACUGCGAUAAGCAUAGACAGACUUCUAGCUCUUAACUUAGGUUUACGUUACAGACAGAUCGUAACCUUUAAACGAACUUCACUUGUUCUUUUAUUUCUGUGGGUGGUAUCCAUCGGGUCUGUGUCUUCCUCAUAUCCGAUGUUGGACUACAACAAAGUUGAGAUGUUUGUAGGAGCUGCAAUGUGUGUUAGCAGUCUUGCAAUAUCUUCUUUUUGCUACACUAAAAUCGUUUGGAAAAUUCGUCAACAUCAGCGACGCGUGCAAACAAAUGGGGGAAUUAAUAAUCACGGAACUCUUUGUACAGACAGCGUGGCUUUGAAUAAUGCACGGUACAAGAAAACAGUUUCUAGUGUGCUUUGGAUUCAGCUGACACUGACUAUUUGCUACUUGCCGCUCAUCGUAACUGUU